AUGCCUGAGCAGAUCCCAGACCCUUCCAUGACUGUGGGCUCUGUGCCAGGGCUUGGACUCCACAGCUUGGCCCUGACUGCAGAGGAGCUGAAAUACGCUGACAUCUACAACAUUAGGGCCAUGAUCACCCCUUUGCACUUACUGGAGGUGAAACUGGGCAAGAGGCCUCAAUCUGUGAAAAAGCUGAAAACCCAGAUGGAGGAGCUGAAAACCCAGGAGUGGCAGCAGCUCAUCCUGAUGCUCAACCAGCAUCGUCCCACCUGCAUUGUCAGGACCGACAGUGUUAAGUCCCCCAACUCAGAAGGCAACCCACUGCUGGAGCAGCUGGAGAAGAAGUGA